AUGGCAGCCCUGGUGUCGCCCUUGGCUGCUGCGCGCUGCCUGCUGCGGGCUCUGGGGUGCCGCGCCCGCCUGCUCCCGCCGCACAGAGCCUACACAGCUCAGGCAGAUGAGAAGACAGGCCCUGGUACACCUACAGAUGCUCAUGCCAGAGCCUUACUGGUUUGCAAUGGACCUUUAGAACAUUAUGACUUUUUGAUUAAGCAGGAAGAGCUGAAAAAUGAUGAGCAACAAAGAAGAGUUGUGCAACACCUGCAGAAAUUGCAUGAGAGCCUUAAAGGCUACAGCAUUGAUUCAAAAAAUGUUCUUUCAAAGUUCUUUGCCAAAACCAAACCCCCCAAAGGGCUUUAUGUCUAUGGAGAUGUUGGCACAGGAAAGACAAUGGUGAUGGACAUGUUCUAUUCCCACUUAGAAGUAGAAAGGAAAAAAAGAGUCCAUUUUCAUGGCUUCAUGUUGGAUGUACACCAGAGAAUACAUCGUCUUAAGCAGAACUUACCGAAGAGAAAAGCAGGAUUUAUGGCCAAAUCGUAUGACCCAAUUGCACCUGUGGCAGAGGAAAUAAGCCAAGAGGCUGCUCUCCUGUGUUUUGAUGAGUUUCAGGUCACUGACAUUGCUGAUGCCAUGAUUCUGAAGCAGCUUUUUGAAAAUCUCUUCCAAAAUGGGGUUGUCGUUGUGGCAACAUCUAACAGGCCGCCAGAAGAUCUCUAUAAAAAUGGUCUUCAGAGGGCAAAUUUUGUACCAUUCAUUGCUGUGCUGAAGAAAUACUGCAGCACAAUCCAGCUUGAUUCUGGAAUAGACUACAGGAAACGAGUGCUUCCAGCUGCUGGAAAACUUUACUACCUCACAAGUGAAGCUGAUGUGGAGGCUGUCAUGGAUAAGUUGUUUGAUGAGCUGGCUCAGAAACAAAAUGAUUUAACUAGACCAAGGAUUCUGAAAGUGCAAGGCAGAGAGCUGAGGCUGAAUAAAGCGUGUGGAACCAUUGCAGACUUCACGUUUGAAGAGCUGUGUGACAGACCUCUUGGAGCCAGCGACUAUUUGGAAAUAUCAAAGCAUUUUGACACAGUAUUUGUUCGUGACAUACCACUUCUUACAAUAGCAAAAAGGACACAAACUCGUCGUUUCAUUACUCUUAUUGAUACCUUUUAUGAGCAUAAGGUGCGCAUUAUCUGUUCUGCGGCAGCUCCUCUCCAGAGCUUGUUCCUGGUGGAACAUGGCAGUGGUGAACUGCAGGACAACAGAGUGUUGAUGGAUGAUUUGGACUUGAGCCAGGAUUCUGCCAAAGGACUUUCCAUGUUUACAGGAGAAGAGGAAGUCUUUGCCUUUCAGCGUACUCUGUCACGGCUCACAGAAAUGCAGACUGAACAGUACUGGAAUGAUGGGGACAGAAGCAAAAAAACAUAAAAAAAAAAGUUCAAUGAAAUCACCAAGAAGAAAAAUUGGAAAAGCUUCAGAAAAGCACUGGAAAGCUUUUUAGCACAACUUGAAUAAUAAUUGCACUUUAUCAUCUGGACCAUGUU